AUGCUCUCAGCCGCGCCGUCGUGCUACUCGAGCGUCGAUUGUCAAUACCCCUCGCUUACCUACUUGGAGACGCUGACACAACACUACAACCAACCCCACCAGUCGACUUGCUGGUAUCCUCCUAUCCCGCACCAGUCAUUCGGAUAUCAGCCAUAUGAUCAGCCUUACCAACUGCCACAGCAGCUACAACUAGCUCAGGCUCGUGUUCCGCAAGCAUGUGAAAUUGCAGCAACACCGCGUGUUGAUGACACUAAUCAUGCUGAUGAAAGGAAGGAAGAUAGAAUUAGCGCACUCCCGGACGAAAUUCUUCAACACAUCCUCUCCUUUAUCGACAUUUAUGAAGCCAUUCAAACAAGCAUUCUCUCCAAGAGAUGGAAACACCUUUGGCUUUCCCUCCUCAAUAUCCGCAUGCACCUCCGCGGCGGCGCCUCCUACCACCGCCACGUCUCUCAAUUCCUCUCUCACCGCGACGCUGCAGCCGCUGUCCACGACUUCCACCUCUCACUCGACACCCAACUUUGUAUCCGGGAAGAUUUGGCACUCGUGGAAGAAUGCGUGCUCUACGCCAUCAAUCACGGCGUUCAGUCCCUCCGCCUCCACGUGUCCAAACACCUACAUUUCAGGCUCCCCGCCGCGCUUUUCACCUCCACGACGCUGCAAGAGCUCGAGCUCAGGGAGAAAGACACCUGGAUUCAUGUACCCGCACGAUUUUCUUUACCAAAUUUGAAAACUCUUUACCUUGACGUCAAAUUUUCCUUCAAUUAUGAUGACUGGAGGGAUCCUUUUGCCGGCCUCCCGGAGCUCGAGAAGCUCUCUCUGAGAUUGUGGAAUGGCCUUGUUUUAAAGGCUCCUCCCAAGCUUAGAUUUCUUGAAAUCUUUGGAUCUAAUUCUGUUAUCCGAAUCAAAGAGAUUUCUGCUCCGUUGCUUACCUCGUUUAGGUACAAGGGUUGUUUACCUUUCGAAUGUUCGGAGAUGAAUCUCCCAAUGUUGGAGUUAGUCUAUUUAGACAUUCAUGGAAUUAAAUGGAAAAAAUCGAUAUGGUAUCAUCUGAAUUGUGUUAGGUUGCUUCACCAACUUGGAAAUGCUACCAUUGUUUCACUCACUUUGGACACUCUCAUGUUUCUUGAAUUGGUUGGUGAUUCCAUUGAACAAAGUCCACCUCCAUUUCCCAACCUCAAAUGUCUCAAGGUGAUCAAUGGAUCUAGCAAAAGAAGCACGGUGCUUGAGAGCGUAAUGAACUAUUUGACAAUCGGAACUUUGUAUUUUGAGUCAUCAUUGAAGGUAGAGAUUCCUUGUGAUGUGGUUGUAGUUUAUCAGCAUCGCGAAGCCUAUGAUGACUUAUAUUAUGAUGACUUAUAUUUUGAGGAAGAUUAUACACAAUCAUCUUAG